GGUAAAUGUAAGUUGAAGUUUUGUAAUUUCUAUUUCUACACGUUUUAUAAGUGCACACAUUUGUGUAGGUACUGUUUCAUUUGCUGAUGGUCAAAAUUGUAACAGUUAAAGACUGCCAACCCCUGUGUUAAAGUGCGGCACACCAAGUGGGCCCAAUGGGCCCAGUGGGCCUGGGGUAAUCGAUAAAUAGGUAUGAUGGAUAAUGGGCAGUAGAAUAGUGAUAUUAUUAGUGAUAGUGUUAUUACAGUCUCUCGUCGGUGCUUACUCACUUUCCGUUUCUUAUUCUGUAUAAUGACGUUAGAUGUCGCACUGUCAAUUGUCCAAUUUCUCGAUUAUGUUUUCCUUAAUGCCCGAUUUUUUCCAACGGCGCUUACAUCGAUCCGGAGCAGUCCUCGAAGGAGUCUGUAGCCAGUGCUGUAGCCUUAAAACGUUCGAAAAACAGUGAUUGGAUUGAUGUAUUCGUAUACAUUAUUAAUAAGUUGAAUUUUGAACUAAUUCGUCAAUAUGAGCUUAAGCUUGAAUCUGAUCGCGGCCGCGUGCGAAGGUAUGGGCAUCGGGGUAAAAGGGACUUUACCAUGGAAACUUAAAAGUGAAAUGGCAUUUUUCACGUCUAUGACCACGAAAACAAAAGAUUCAAAUAAAACGAAUGUUGUUCUUAUGGGACGAAGGACGUGGGAAUGUAUUCCGAGCAAGUAUAGGCCAUUACCAAACCGAAUAAAUAUAGUUUUAACGUCGCAAUUCUUGGAUUACGGAAAUGAAGCAAUCGUGUGCAAAAGUAUUCCACACGCUAUUGACGUUAUUUCGAAAGAACCAUUGAAGGAUCAAGUUGAAAGUAUAUGGGUAAUAGGAGGGAGUUCUGUGUACAAGGCUGCAAUGGAGUCUCCUAACUUUUCCCGACUAUACUUGACUAAAAUAAAAAAGCACUUCGACUGCGAUACUUUUUUCCCACCUAUUCCUAACAAUUUUGUUUUGACCGAGGAUCCAAAUGUUCCUCAGGGUAUUCAGGAGGAAAAUGGUAUACAAUUCGUGUACGAGGUAUAUAAGCGGGAAUAAGAUGAUAUUCGUUCCAUAAAAUUAAUCCUUUCCUUACACAAUACACGAACAGAUUCAAAUUUUUA